AUGUCCUUUGGGAUGGGUCUGGAGGGCGGGAGCACCCUGCGCAAGGCUCAGUCAAGUUCAGCGUGUCCCUUUCGUGCCUUCCUGAUGGUGAUUCUUCGGCUGCUGCUUGAACUUUUUUUCUUUGGGCUCGUCUGGAUGCCCCUCUCCUGCCUGGACUCUGAGGUCAGUCCUCAGAUCCCGAAUAAUGGGAGUGCGUCCCUGAUCGUUGACGUGCACGUGUUUGUGUCCAAUGUCUUCGAUGUGGAUAUCUUGCAGUACACAGUGUCCUCCGUCCUGUUAUUGAAACUGUCGUGGUUCGACCCUCACCUGUCUUGGAAUGAGAGUACAGACCCACGGAGCUUCAUCACUUUGCCCUCAAACUUGCUGUGGACCCCGGACUUCACCAUCCAAGAGGCAAUCUUCAUAGAGUGGAGGGAGCACAGCCCGCGGGCUCGAGUAAGCAGAGAGGGCUUCGUGGAGCUCUACACCGCGCUCACCGUGAAGACUAACUGCGAUUUUGAACUUCUCCGCUUCCCCAGUGACCAAAGCGACUGCAGCCUCAGUUUCUUUGCUUUCAGCAACACAGUUGAAGAAUUAGAGUUUCAUCCCCAUGUGGUGAAUGAGAUUGUGAGCGUGAAGCGAGAAUACGUGGUCCGAGACAUAAAAGCCCGAGUCCCACACCACCACCUGGUGCCUUGCUUCCAGGUGACACUAAGGCUAGAGAACACCGCUGUGAAGACAACAAUGGCCUUGGUGGUGCCAGGGGUAGCAAUACUCCUGGCAGACAUGUGUGGCAGCCUUCUGCCUCUGAGGGUUACUGAACGUAUCUCUUAUAAGGUGACGCUGUUGCUAGGCUACCUGGUCUUCCAUUCGUCUCUGGUGCAGGCUCUUCCCAGCUCUUCCUCCUGCAAUCCUCUCUUAAUUUCCUACUUCACACUGCUACUGAUACUGCUCUCCCUCAGCACCAUGGAGACUGUGUUAAUGUCUGGCUUGCUGGCCCGAGGCAACUUCUGCCCAAAGAUCAGACCAAAUCCAGCCCCAAGAGAGGAAGGGGCAGACACUGAAAACUCAGGGCCCAGAUCUGAAGAGUCCCAGAGGAGAGCUGAGGGGCCAAGGAAGACUUGGGUGGAGGUCAUGGACCACAUCUUCUUGCUGCUAUACGCAGCCAUCAUCGGAUUCAGUCAAUUCAUCUUUGUCAUAAUCUGGGUCUGGUGGGAGUGCAAGUCUGACCCACCUCCUGCUAAGAAUACUCCCCACGGAGGAAAGCCCACGAUCUAAAAGGGCAACCCCAGAAACUGGAUUCAAGAGCGUCCAGAUGACUAGAGCUUGAGGUCAAGGCUGUGUGAUAAGGUCAGCUUUUUCCAAGCCAUUAUUUGAGGGUGUUCCUGAACCCUCCCCUCUGUCAGCAUGCAAAUGACUAGAGAAAUAAACCAUUCUGCUGAGGCUGAGUGUAGCUCUGUGCUCUUGGGGCUGGUCUCAGGGCAGGCUUGGGCACCCCAUAGACCUCCGACGGAAGUUUCUCUUCUGCCCAUUUCUCCAUCAGCCCUGGACCUCACCUAGUUAUAGCAUCUGGGGAGGCUGAGGUGAGUAUCUGACUCAGAGCAGUUUUACAAGGUAGCAGGGCUAGACAACUUGUCACCUAUUGGUGGUGAGGUCAUGCGUCCCCCUCCCCAAUUUCCAUGGCUUCUUUUGUCCAGACUCCUCUCUCCUCAAAGGAGAACUCUCCUGGUGUGGUCACAUUAGCUUUGGGAUCCUUGAUAUGGCCUGACCAUUUCCCGUUCCCCCUUCCCCCAACCCACCUAGGGUGUCUGCCCAUUCCUGAAGCAUUUACACUAUGGCAACACGAAGACAAGAACAUCAUGUACAAUAAGUUCAGUCCAUAAAGGACAAGGGGAAAAAUGAUAUGGAAUGCAGGGCUGGGGAGAAAUGGGUUCUUUUUGUGUCUGUUUGCUAG